AUGGCCAGGCCACGGUUUAAUAUACUGGAAACUACGCCUGUCUGGGGUCCUGGACAAACAGCCAGCAAGCGAACGUGGACCAAGCAGUCAAGAACAAUGGCGCUGUCACAGGGAAUACCGGGUGCAACAGUGGUUGUCAGGGCAAUGACCAACAAAGACAGCCUCGUCGGUGUUAUUUCGGGCAGGAUACAGCAAGCGCCAGGCAGUGUCCCUUGGUUGCGCAUUGGCGCAUUGGCAUCAACAUCGUCCAGCUACCCAAGGACGGUGACGGCGAGUGGGGGGUUUGUCGUCAACGACGAGAUCAUUGACCCCAUCCUCCCCAUUCUGGCCGUCGACGCCGUUGAGGCUGCUAUCAAGUAUGUCAACGCCAGGCGGCCUCCUCUCGCUCUUUACGUUCUCUCCAAGAACCUCUUUUACUUUGACAAGCUCAUCCACGAGACCCUCAGUGGCUCGGCUAUCUGGAACGACGUUGCCUUCACUCCCGCUGCCACCACCGUUCCCUUCGGUGACAUCGGUGAAGGUGGAUGGGGCGCCUACUACGGUGUCCACGGCUUCAACACCUUCUCGCACCACAAAGCGGUACUCGAGGUACCUCACUGGUUCGAGCUUGCCCAGAAGUCACGCUAUUCGCCCGACUUCGACACCAACGCCCCCAAGGUCUUCAAGAUGUUCAUUGUCUCCAAACGGAACUGCCAAAGCCUCUACAACGGAGCCCCACUCAUCCUCCUCAGUGUUGGGGCUGGUACCAUCGGCCACCAAAAAAAAAGUCGGAUGGCACUCACAGGCACUGGGGUGGGAUCGACUGCGCCUCCCACAUACUGCGUGGAUAGCCUAGAGAGAGAGAUUGUCUGCGGCUCAUGGCCUCCUACUACCGUAAAGCCCUCCGGGGUGUUGUGGGAAGAGAUAGAUGAUGAGCAAACUGACCAGCUGACAAAUCAGACACAGCGCAAAUGA